CCUGGGUUUGGUAGAUUACCGUGACGCUACAAUACACCGCCAGACCGCUAGAGGCGCUGACGUGCGCCAUGACGUCACGGCGCGCCAAGUUACAAUCCGGUGAGAAACUGACGCGCACGGCCAAGAUGACGAUAAGAGGGAUUUAAUGUUUUAUAAAGAUGGAGAGUGAGGUGAGUCUGGUCGCGGGUCGGAGUCAGAGAGAGAAGAGAAGAUCUUACAAAGAUCUGCUGAGAGAAGAAGAGAUCAUUGACGCAGAGGUCAGGAAGUCCUCGAAGAAACAACUAAAGGACUCUCACGGCUUUUACACAAGCAGCGAUAUUCACAAGAAGAAAAUCAAACAUGAAGAACAUUUUUACAAAGACCACAGCUCUGGAUCUCACCACAAAAAGCAGAAACGGUCUUCAGAGAGUCACCGGUCGCACAUGUUGUCUCCUGACCCGUCGGGUUCUCCUCAGACGACCAUGACAGCCAUGGGUCUCCUGCAGGCCAUCACCUCCCCGACAGCCGUGGGCUCCGAAGCGCCGCGUCCCUCCUUCUCCCCGUCGAAGGAGCGCAGGAAAGACCCCUCCUCAUCCAGGAAGCAGCCGCAGGUGGUGCCCGUGGUGGGCGAGGAGGUGGAGUUGGAAGGUCAUUACGGUGGAUGUCACGAUGUUGCGGCCGACAGCAGCGGAUCAUCGUCCGCCGACGGCAGCGGAUGCGGGAAACUUACGAUCCACGAAUCUUUGUCUCACAAUAAGAAGAAAAAGAAAAGCAAGAAGAGUAAGAAAAAGAAAGACAGACAUCGUGAGAAGAAACACAGCAGUAAAACAGCAGCAGCCAAUGGCAGCGCAGAAUGGAGUGCACACAGUGGGGGUCAUCACAGGCGUGAGGAGAAGAAGAAGAAGAAGAGAGAGGAAGGAGGCAAACGAAAGAGCAAAGACAAGAAAAAGAAGGUUUUGACGGCGUAUCAGAUCUUUUAUAAGGAGUACAGAAACAGCAUUCUGGAGGAGGAGCCAGGACUCGACUUCGGAGACUUGAGUAAGCGGCUGGCUGAUGCUUGGAAGCAGCUUCCAGAAGGAGACAAACAGGUGUGGCGAGAGAGAUCCGACUAUCUUCAGCGGAAACAGAUGAAAUCAGACGCCAUCAAACACGUCAAACAGCAUCAAACGUCUCGACAGCCGAAAGACAGCGGCAAGCCUAAAGAAGGAGUCAGUGUGCAGAAGAGACAUGAAACAGCAGUCGAUUCGCUCCAGAACGGAUCAGCGUUAUUGCCUGCAAACACGCCGACGCUUUCCUCUCUCAGAGACCCUGAUGUGGAUCCAAUCGAUGCUGCCGCUCACCUGCACCUGCUGGGCGAAUCGCUGUCUCUGAUUGGCCGUAGACUACAGGAGACGGAGGUAAAUGACUCGUGUACAUUCACUCGCACUCACGUCUCGUCUGUCCGGCUGAGAGUAACCGGAGACGGUGUCAGGGCCUCAAAACCAUCACAUUAUUGUGUGUCUCAUGUAGGGGAUGGUGACAGUAUCUGGUUCUCUGUCGGUUCUCUUGGACUCGGUUCUCUGUGCUUUGGGUCCUUUGGUCUGUCUGACCACACAGGUCUCAGAGCUCAACGGAUGUCCACAUCAUCUGCUGUCAAACACUCUAGAUAACAUUGCCUACGUGAUGCCGGGUUUAUAACGGAGACGCAUCGGUCCUGAUGGUGCUGCUCUACUGGCCGAUGAAAUCAUCCCUACAUCAAGAAAAGACUCAAAUGCAGUUUUGCACUGGACAAAUCCACAGACACUUCAACUUGUAACCUGCUCCUUAAACAAACAACGCUCCAUUUUUAGCUUUGUCUUUGAUUUUAUAUUUCUGUUGUGUUUUUCUCCAAUAAAGCUGAAUUUUAAUAUGCUCUUUUAACUCUGAA